AUGGAUUACCUAUUUCCUUCGAGCAACAACGACACUGUAUUGACCUCUUCAAACAAGGAAGCAAAUAAUGAAAAUCUUGAUUCAAACCAUGACCAAGAGGCUGCGUUGUUUGGGCAGUUUCCGUUGCCUUUCCUUGAUGAGAUAUCUACUAGCCCAAUAAUCCAAAACCACCAACUGCAUCACCUUAGCACCGAUAGAUCAAAAACGUCCACAAGCAGCACUGCAAACGAGCCUCCGCCACCACCAUCACCUGGUAAAACAAAGCGUGCAAGGAAGAAAAGAAGUGCUGGGAAAAAAGACAGACAUAGCAAGAUUCAUACAGCUCAGGGUCUUAGAGAUAGAAGAAUGCGAUUGUCUCUCCAUAUUGCUCGCAAGUUUUUUGGUCUUCAAGAUAUGUUAGGGUUUGACAAAGCAAGUAAAACUAUUGAGUGGCUCUUUUCCAAGUCUAAGAAGGCAAUAGAAGAAGUCACCGAAGGGUUUCAAUCGCAAAACACUACUCAAAGCGUAAGCAACGAGAAUAACGAGAGGUGUCAAUCCCCUGUGUCCGAUUGCAUAGUGGAUUCGGACAUUGACUAUAAUAAUCCUUUUUCCAACAAAGGUAAACAACUGAGGCUCCAAGAUGAUAUGGACAGUUGGAACUCAAGAAAGCCAACAGAAAGUGAUGUUUUGGCAAGGGGGUCGAGGGACAAGGCAAGGGCAAGAGCAAGGGAAAGAACUCGAGAGAGAAUGAUGAUUAACCAUCUUGAGAAAUCGAAACAGCUUUUUGGAUCAAACUCUAAUGAUGAUUUUGACCAACUGCAGUUAGGGUUUUCAGUAAACCCUAAUAACCACUACAUCAAAGAAUCAUCAAAUUCUCCUCUUGAACAUUCAGGUACACAUCAUUUUUAUGAGCAGGCACAGAUGGAUGGUAUUACAGAAAAAACCGAGGACUAUUUGAGGGCUACUGCUGCAAGCUCAUCAUCAUAUUUUUCCGGAUAUGGUUACAACAAAAGUUUUGCCAACCCGCCUGCUGGUUGGUUAAAUUCUAGCAACACAUUCUUGGGUUUUCUUGGAGGUUGGGAUUCAGAGAACAUCAGACUGGAAUCUGACAACUACGGGAUUUUACCAAAUACUGCUUCAUCAACAGCUGAUAUUCAUGAACAAAGUCUUAGCUCCGUUAUUUAUCCUCACACCAAUCUUUUGCAUUUCCAACCCCAAAACCAAAGAGAUUAA